AUGUUCGCACUGCUCCCUGGCUCAUCAGCCAUCUUCAAGGAGCCGUCCCUAGGUACGGCGAAUCGGGUGCCGCCCCCUAAGGAUAAAAUGGAAGCGGAGAGGCUGAAGAGGCUCUUCUGGAAGGUGCUUUCUGUGAAGAACAGCCGUGAGAAGGAUAACAUCAGCGGGUGGAUAAGCGACCAAGAACAGUUCCUGGCAGAACUUGGGGUGCCUGAGUACAUGCGGGAUCGGUUCAUGUUUAUGCUUCUCUGGGCGGCCCAAGGCAACACGGGCCCGAGCUCCUUCUGGCUUCUCUUGUAUCUCAUGAAGCAUCCCAAAGCAAUGCAGGCUGUGAGGGAAGAAGUGGACAAAGUUUUAAGAGAGGCUGGUCAGGAAGUGAAGCCAGGUAGCCCUGUGGUUAACAUCACCAGGGAAAUGUUAAUGAAAACCCCUUUUCUAGACAGCACAGUGGAGGAGACCUUGCGCCUGACAGUAGCUCCCAUUCUGAUCAGAGCAGUGGUUGAGGACCUGAAUCUCAAGAUGGCCAAUGGCAGGGAGUACGCCCUCCGCAAAGGGGAUAGGGUAGCCCUGUUUCCCUAUGUUGCAGUGCAGAUGGACCCCGAAGUCCAUCCUGAGCCUUACACCUUCAAAUACAACCGAUUCCUGAACCAAGAUGGCACCAAAAAAAAUUUCUACAAAAAUGGGAAAAAGCUGAAAUACUUUAACAUGCCCUGGGGGGCAGGCACCUCAAUCUGUCCUGGACGGUUCUUUGCUAUCAAUGAAAUAAAACUGUUUGUGUUCCUGAUGUUAUCUUACUAUGACUUGGAGCUAGUUAACGAGAAAGAGGAGAUCCCUCCGAUAGAUAUGAGCCGAUGGGGAUUUGGUUCGAUGCAGCCCGCUCACGAUGUCCCGUUUAAAUAUCGUCUACGUAUUUAAUUUGAAAACGUGACCCCCUUCUGCUGCAGCCCUGUUGUGUACUGGCUCCAUAAUCAGUCAAGAGGGAUUGAUUUGUCAAGCUGAAUUGCAAUAAAAGUUACAGAAGAGACUGGUCUGUGUAAAAGAUCUUCCAUACCCUGUUAGACAGUUGUUAUGACCUGUCUCUUUAUUUGGCAACACAGCACCACUCAGAACGUUAAUGUUCACUCUACAUGUUGCUCUCACCUUGGAACUCUCAGACUCACUACAGAAAUUCCCCUAUCUCCUGUUACAGAAUUGUAAGGGGCUGUGUAAGUGAAUGCUUGCUGACAUGCAAAGAAAACAAGAGUGUUAGUGAAUUUCCGAGGAAAAAAAGAAAUAGGGAGAGUUUCCUUAGCAUGAUUUAUGGGUUUUUAUUUCUUCUACUCUUCUUACUGUAAAUCUGAAAUGUCUGACUGUGCACUUAGAAAUAUAUUGAAUGGACAUAGGACAAAUAAAUUCUUUAUAUAGGGAUUAGGAACAAGGAUACCGGAGAUUAAUUUAAAAUUGUCUGGACUAUAAUCCCGCUGUAUUUUGCUAAAUUUUAUUUUUAUUAAAAGAAUGCUGUCAGCCUAUUUAGGUCCCAGGAAUUAUUAUUCUUAAAGCAGAGAUUGUAUUGGGAAUGAAUCUGGCAAUUUGAUAAAGUGGCAUUUUCCUAGGACUCACUUCUCUCCUCCCAAUACUCUGCUUGAUAAGAAAAUGGAACAAUCCAGAGGUCUUGCCGGUUUCAUUUGGCUGCUCCACUUAAAUGAGCAGGAAAGGGACUUUUACAAAUAUAUCAGAGCAAAAAGUAGUAUAUGUACAAUUUUCAGAAGUGCCUAAUUCCCAUUUUCAGUGACUUAGUGACCUAUGGAUAGAUUUUUAAUAGUAUUUUCAAAAACGUAGCUGCUUUUGAAAAUUUUACUCCUAGAAAAGUAGUUCCAUUAUAAAUUAGGAGGAAAUAAAAUUGAGGAAUCACAAAUACGUGGGUUAUUCUGUUCCUUUUCUAAAUCUAGCCUCAGGAGUAAAAGUCUGUACAAUUAGGACGCAAUGAAAGACAAGCUUUUUAAAAUAGCUCUCGAUAAAAAAUUGGAAAAUUUGAACGUACACAAAUCAGUCAGUCCAGAUGACGGAAAAUUUUCACCCAACUCCCCUCAGCUUGUGUGUUACUUAUCUGGGCUUUGAUUUAACAUUUCCCCAUGAUUUUACUGGGAAUAGAAGGGAAGCUUACUAGACAUGUAUGGUCAGACUAACGCUUCUUACUUCUUUGCACUCAAACAAAAUUUUACAUGAUGUGUCGUAGGCUGUUAAAGGAAUGAACUAUAAGGCUUAGUAAACAAUUGACAAUUGGUUUUAAGAAGUUAUGAAGAUCUGGGGAGGUGACAGAAAAUUGGACAAAAGGAAAUAUGGCACGAGAUAAGAAGAGUGUUCCUGACCAUUCAUGUUUAGUAAGGUUAACUUUUAUUCCUUGUAAAAUAAUAAACACAUUUUAAGAGAAGAAUCACUGAUCAUCUACAGGCAAUAAGCAGAAAACUUUUGGAAGGAAUGAGAGAGUUGGUGGAGGCAGGGCUUGACUUGUGUUUAGAAAAACUUACAAUUCAGAACCAUCAAGCUGUGCCCAUAGCUACCCCUAGGUAAUCAUGUAAUCUUAUUACUUUUAUCGCCAGCAUCCCAUCCCACUCCUCUCCUCUUGUUACCUGGGCUGUGAUUUAACAAAGCUGUUAAGCAAGUGCUUAACUGUAAGUCAAAGGAUUUAAGCACAUGUUUAAGUGCUGUGCUGAAUCAGGGCUCACUUGAGUAACUAACAAGAGAGGGAAGAUGAUAGAACAACAGCAAGAUUACAAGGUUAGGAAGACACAAUGGGAUGCUUUUAAAUCAUGUAUAUUUCUAUCUGCAGCCUCCCACUGACCUCACGUCUCAUCAGUCAGGCUUCUGAGGCCUUAUCUACAAGAGAUGUUACUGUACAGCAAGCCAAAGUGUGAACAUAAGAACAGCCAGACUGGAUCAGACCAAGGCCCAUCUAGCCCAGUAUCCUGUCUCCGAACAGUGGCCAAUGCCAGGUGCCCCAGAGGGAAUGAACAGAACAGGUGAUCAUCAAGUGAUCCGUCCCCUGUCGCCCAUUCCCAGCUUCUGGCAAACAGAGGCUCGGGACACCUUCCCUGCCCAUCCUGGCUAAUAGCCAUUGAUGGACCUGUCCUCCAGGAACUUAUCUAGUUCUUUUUUGAACUAGAUCAACUGAAUCUACCACACAGCAGUCUGCCACACCUUAACUGGCCAUGUGGUCCCUGCUACUGUGCACUAAAUGUUCCAUAGCAUGCUUUAAAUGCAGAACUUUUAGUGCACAGUAGCAGAGUCCACACGGCUAGUUAGUGCACUGCACAGUUCUGGCUUGCCAUGCACUAACUCACUGUGUAGGCUAGCCCUGAGUGUCACUUUCAGGUCCAAGUGACAAUCACUAUAAUAGCAACUGAUCUAAAGUUCUUUUUGCAGUGUAAUUCCCACUAUGUCAGGGGAACAAAUUAUAAUGUGAUACUUCCCCUGACCUGGGUAAAAACGUGAUUCAGCCUUGACAACAUAAAGGGAACUGAACUGUGUUUCAAGUGUGUCCUGGGGCUAGGCUAGAACCUUGGAUGAUUCAUAUGAUUAGAGAACACAACAUGGUUCAGUCUCAUCUAAACUGCAAGACCAAAGUAUACUUUAUCCUCAUCAGGACACACCUGUGUUGUGCCUGGGGCCAAGGGACCAGUUAUCAAGUACAAUCAACCCUAGGCAAUAGCUUUUCAUCAUCACAGAAAAUAUUAACUGGCAAGGAGUUCUAAGGAGAUCCUAGAGUAUCACCUGCAGGGAAAUCUGAUGCAUUCCAAAGAUAUAACCAAGCACAAAGGUGCACUGCAUUUAAUUGGACCAUAGCGGCAAUUAACAUUCUCUUUAACCAAUGCAACUUUCUACCUCUCUCUCACUUUUGUUACUCUUUUUUCUCUUCCUUCACCUGUUUGCUCUUCAGUUUCUUCCCUACCGGAGAUCGUAUGGUAUGUGUAUGGUAACACCUAUUAUUUCAUGUUCUCUGUGUACAUAAAAUCUCCCCACUGUAUUUUCCACUGCAUGCAUCCGAUGAAGUGGGCUGUAGCUCACGAAAGCUUAUGCUCAAAUACAUUUGUUAGUCUCU